CCCUCCAGAGCUCACCUUUGCUUCCUUUCGAACCGCCUUUACAAAGGGUUGUACAACACACCUGGAAAAGUCUUUUAUCGCUAUUAUUAUUAUAAGAAAUUGGAAAUAAAACUGUGCCAUGCAGUCCCCGGUGAGAGAUUCUCCCGUCAGACCGGGCUACCACAGACUGGAGAUCCAGAAGACGACGUGGGACGUCCCGGAGAGAUACACGACGCUCCGGGCCAUCGGCUCCGGAGCUUACGGGACUGUGUGCUCUGCCUUGGACCAGAGGACCAAAGAGAAGGUGGCCAUCAAGAAGCUGUACCGUCCGUUCCAGUCCCUGAUCCACGCCAAACGGGCUUACAGGGAGCUCAGGCUGCUCCGCCACAUACAGCAUGAAAACGUGAUCUGCCUCCUCGAUGUCUUCACGCCGGACGCCACGCUGGAGAAAUUCCAAACCUUUUAUAUGGUUAUGCCCUUCGUAUACCAGGACCUGAGCCAUAUUAUGAAGAAAAAGAGACUAACUGAUCAAAUCAUCAAAUACCUCUUUUAUCAGCUUCUAAAGGGUCUGAAGUACAUCCACUCUGCAGGGAUCAUUCAUCGAGAUCUGAAGCCUGGCAACCUCGCUGUGAGUGAGAACUGCGAUUUAAAGAUUCUGGAUUUUGGCCUGGCAAGACAGACAGAGAGUGAGAUGACUGGUUAUGUUGUGACACGCUGGUACAGAGCACCUGAGAUCAUAUUCAACUGGAUGCACUACAGUCAGACAGUGGAUGUCUGGUCAUCCGCCUGCAUUCUGGCUGAGAUGAUCACGGGCCAUGUGCUUUUCCCGGGACACGACAGCAUUGAUCAGCUGACCAAGAUCCUCAACCUAACAGGAACUCCUGACCCGUCGCUAGUGAAGAAGAUGCAGAGCAAAGAUGCACAAACCUAUGUGGCAGGUCUCCCUCCACAGAAAAAGAAAAACUUCAAAGAGGUGUUUCCUUUAAUGGAUCGGAGCGCUCUGAACCUUCUUGAGGGAAUGCUGCUGCUGGAUCCAGAGAAGAGACUGACGGCUAAGCAGGGACUCUCCCACCCCUAUCUGGUUGAAUAUCAUGAACCUGAAUCUGAACCAGACUCUGAGCAUUACGACGACUCCUUUGAGAGUCUAGAUCUCGACAUUAACGAAUGGAAAAGUCUCAUUCACAUGGAGAUCAUGACCUUUGACCCCAAGAAUCCUGGCAAGACAGCCAUGUAGGAGUCUGUGUCUGGUGUUGCAACACACACACACACUUCACUAAAAGGUCAAGAACUGUCAUCGGAAAGCAGUCCAAACUGUAUUUUUGAUGCAGUCAGAUGUCAUUUAUGUACUUAAGAGCAGGUUUACUGGGUAUGGUGGCCUGCAGAGGACAAUAUUAACUUGUUUUUACAGCAGAACUACGUUUAAUGUAAUGAAACGAGUCAGUUGAGUGUGCAUCAGUUGUCUGUGAAAAGUAUCGACUUUGAAAACAAAUUGAGUUAUUUUAAAAAACAUGAAUUUACUUUAUUUUUCAUUAUAAAAUGUAUCAUAAAACAAAUGUAUGAACAUGUCAUUAUUAACCCUUUAACUCCCACACAGAACUUUGUCAUCAUUAUGAACUUUAUUCAAACAUUUAGAUUUUUGUGUAGUUCUUUGCUUUAGUGACUUGUAGUGCAUGCAGUAUGAUAUAGGGACUAAAAUGCUGAUUCUGGAGCUGUAGUAUAUAUUCAUAUUGUGUUUUUUUUCAUCAUGACUGUUUUAUCUGUACUUUGUUCAAGUGUCUGUAAAAGAUCUCUAAAUAAAUGUUAAAAUACAUUUCAGUAAU